AUGCGCUUUACCCAAGUUCUGGCAGUUGCAGCAAGGCGGGCCGCCGUCAGCAGCAAGAUCGGUAAGAGCGUCCUACUCGCCCCGUCGCUAAACCCCAAGCGAAAGGUUCUUUCCAGCCUCCCUGUGGCGAAGGUGCUGAAGCCCAGUGGGAGCGGAAAAAAUGUUUCGUCUCCCUUCCUCGUGAAGGGAAAGAAAAGUGUGGUUGCCGCGAAAGGUGUUGUGGCGCCGAAAAAGCACAAGGGCGCAAAGGUGCUGGUGAGCCGCAGCAAGGCCACACGACCUCUGACUCUCUAUGUGCGCUUCUAUAAUGCUCUGAGGAAGAGCGGAAGCGUCAAGGGGAAGCGACACAUGCAGAAAGCGGGUGAGCUUUGGCGUGCCACGAAGAAGGUAAAGGACUUCAAUAAGCGUGUUGAGGCGGCGGUGAAACUUUCAAAGAAGAAGAGGAAGAGCAGCAAGGCCCGUAAGCUUCUGAAGAAGGCAGCGGCGAAGAAGAGGAGCACAAAGCCGAAGAGGAGCACGAAGCCGAAGAGGAGCACAAAGCCGAAGAAGAGCACAAAGCCGAAGAAGAGCACAAAGCCGAAGAAGAGCGUCAAGAAAGCCUCCCGGGGCGUGUCCAAGAAGCAGACUCUCGAGAGCACCGUGCCACCUCUCCCGUAA